AUGGCAAGAUUUUGGACCAUUUGCGUGGCUAUAUUCAUGUUUCGUGAUCCUAUACGUCUGGCAGACUCGCUUCAAAGUGGAAAAUCUAAGGAUUAUUCGUUUCAACUUCGUAACACAGGAUUAAGUCGUGGAAGCCAACAAAUCGCACGGUUAAAUGGAGAUUUCACACUUGGCGCAAUGCUCCCAAUUCAUAUGUCGAGCGCCGGGUUAUUAUGCUCGGGACUGUAUGUCGACGGUAUUGUGCUAGUAGAAGCAAUUAUUUUCGCUCUGCGUGAGAUAAAGAAUAGAAAAUUAUUACCGGAAGAAAUCACCCUUGGAUACGAAAUACGGGAUACUUGUAAUUCAGUAAUAGUUGCGCAAAGGCAUACAUUGGAUAUCGUCAUUGAGGCGACGAAAUUUGAAAGAAAUAGCGAGUAUAUGAACGACAGUAAUGGCUCAAUACUAUCGUAUUCUACUCGAGAUUAUAAGCAAUCAAGUAACAGCUUGAUAGCAGUUGUCGGUGCUGGAAACAGUGAGAUAUCGGUGGCUGUUAACAGAGUUCUUAGUGCAUUUAGCAUUCCUCAAAUUGGUUUUGCUUCCACAUCGAGAUAUCUUAGUGAAAAACUACGUUUUCCUUCUUUUUUCCGUACAGUCCCACCCGACACGCAUCUAGUGGAAGGCAUCGUAGCUUUGUUUCAAAAGUUCUCUUGGAAUUACGUUGGACUUUUGGUUUCAGAUGGCGAUUACGGAAGACCGUUAGCUGACUCUUUUAGAUCAUCAGCCAAACAGAAAGGAAUUUGCAUUACGUAUGAACACCUAUUGCCUUUCCAAGUCAACCUGGAAAAUGCUAAAUCUAUUGUUCGAGAGAUGAAUUCAAAAACCAACAUAGAAAUCGUUGUGAUUUUACUUCCUGAAUCUGAUGUUAACACUAUGCUUCUUGCAAUGCUAGAAAUUGGUCUGACCAACAAAACAUUAAUCGCAAGUGAUUCCUGGUCGAGGGCCAUCAAGGAUUUAACAUUUUCAAAUAUCGUUGCUGGAACAUUAGGAUUUGCCCACCAUUAUACACAAGUUAAAGAGUUCGAAGACUAUUUUCUUGGUUUAAAGCCAAACACGAACACAUGGAAUCCAUGGUUUAACGAAACUUGGGAGCAUUUAUUUGACUGUGUGCUUCCUAAAAAAGAUAACACUGAACCCAAUAAAACUUUUUCUUCAAGAAAAGUUAAAAAAUUCUGCAACUUAGAAAAGCAACACUUCAAAAGAGAACAUUUUACAAGAUUUCACUAUGUAAGUAAUAUAAUGAAUGCAGUCUUUGCUGUGGCGAAUGGCAUUCAAAGUUUCUACCAAAAAGAACAUGACUCUGUUUUUUCGCUAACCCCACUCGAGUUGCUGAGAACGUUAAAAGAAAGUACUUUUCAGAAAUACGAUGGCGAAAACAUCACGUUUGAUGAAAAUGGCGAUGUUAGUGGAAAAUACACUUUGGUGAAUAUUCAUCCGGAUCUGAAAAUCCACAAUGUCGGAAUUUGGAACGGAGAAUAUUUGGAAGUUGAUGAUUUUGAGAGAAUUUGGUGGAACACUGAUCAAAGAAGUCCUCCAAAAGGUGUUUGUUCCCUACCUUGUAGUGCAGGCUGGCAUCGACAUGCAUCAAAGGCAGAUCCACAGUGUUGUUGGACCUGUCAACGUUGCUUUGCUGGAACGAUCAGUAACCGAUCUGGCGCAACAAGAUGCAUUCCUUGUCCUACGAACCACAUUACUAACCUCAACCAAACAGCUUGUCUUUUCAUUCCACUGAAUUACCUCGAUUGGCACAGCUUUUGGACAAUUUCCAUCGUAAUUUUGGCGUUAUUAUCUGUGUCCAUCUUAUUAUUCGUCCUUACGCUGUUUAUACGUUAUGUAAACACGCCAGUUGUAAAAUCUUCUAACCGUGAGCUAAGCUUGCUUCUGGGCGUUGGAUUGUUUUUGACUUUCCUUGUACCGUUUGUAUUUGCAGGUAAACCAACAAAUUUUAAAUGUAUUAUCAGUCAGGUGAUGUUUUGUGUUGGCUGUGCACUAGCGCUCUCGGCAAUGCUAUUCCGAACAUUGCGAAUUGUAUUGCUCUUUGGCUCCAUGAACCGAAGACUUUGGCUCCUGAAGAAUAAAUAUCAAAUUGCAAUGACACUUGCUUUAACUUUUGCAGAGCUUAUUUACUGCUUGUUGUGGGUAGCUGUGAACCCGCCGAGUGUACGAACAGUGAAAAUAAUACCGACCAAACGGUAUCUAGUGUGUGAGUUUGAUAAAUACUGGUACAGUGGCUCGCAUCUUUUGCUAAUAUUUCUAAGCAUCGUUUGUACGGUUCUGGCUGUAAAAGGUCGAAAGCUUCCUAAAAACUUUAACGAAGUUCGACAUAUUGGAUUGAGUAUGUUUACAUUCAACAUCGUCUGGGUAGUGUUCAUGUGCGCGCAGUACGGUGCAUCACUGGAAUACGAUGUUAAAAUCAACUGCUUUGCAAUGAUCAUUUCUAGUUUAAUGAUCUUAGUGCUUUUGUUUGGUCCAAAAGUUUUCGUCUUACUAUUUCGCGCGCACUUAAACAAGAAAGAAGAAUUCGAAGCGGAGGUUCGUCGCUAUUCAUUUGGGGUUCCGAACGUCUCCACCUCUGCAACAUCUCUGAGGCGAGGUUCCUCCAUGACCUUUCGAACAGCAAACCCUUCUAAUGAUCAGUUUUUGAGGGUUGCUUCUGAUGAUUUAAAACGAAUGCGCUCGCACAGUUUUGACACUAUGGCCAGUCGUUUUUACCAGAAUCCUUAUCCUUCACCAAAAUGUUUCUCGAAGGAAACACAAACUAAUUUUCCGAGCGAUCUUGCAAACGCAUCCGAGUUGAGAGAAAGCUCGGAAAUUCCUCCUGUUGUUGUAAGAAUAACAGAGGAAGAGAACGGUAAUGAUUCCUUUGAAAAGGAAGAUAAAUACUUGAAUGUAGUAGACAAUGCAGAAUUGCCCGGUGUGAAAAUUAGUGAUUUCAACUAUGAUACUAAUUUGAACGCCAAAGGCACGGUAAAUGGCGAACGUCCUUCGAAAAGAGCAUGUAGUUUACAGCCGGAACUAAAAAAGGGACAGGAUUUGAAUUUAGAUACGAGCGAUUCAAAUGAACUAGAAAAUUUACUUAAAGAUUUAGAUGUUCCAAAUAAGAAUAGUGCAAAUGAACAUACGAAUUCUUUCGCUAAAUUAUUCGAAAAACUUCCAAGUGAUGGGGAGCUAGCGUUUUCCAGUACGAGCCCAAUUGCCGAAAGUGAAUGCGAGGAACGUUGCAAAGAACUUAAGAAAUCGUGCACGAAUGGUGGAAACAGAGUUUCAGGUUUAACACUUGAAGGAGCUGCCAAGCCAGAACGGACACAAAAUUACUUCUUAGAAAAUGAUCUUAAAUAUGGUAAUGAAAAUUGUAAAAUGAGUGAUCAUAGAAAUGGAUAUGAUAGAGAAACGGUAUUAUAG